AAACAAUAGCAAUAGUUAUAAAAAGUUAAAAACCAAUUGCCACUUCCAACAGCAACUGCCAUCCCUUUCAGAUCUGCUCUAAAAUUUCUCUGAAUUUCUCUGUUCAUUCAGCUCAGAUCUCACUACCUUUUGCUUCAUUUACCGAGUUCACCUGAUUCUCUCUUUUCAAAUUACUGCAGUUUUAGGAAAAGUUUAAAUUGAUUAUGGCUGCAAGAAGACCUGGCGUGAUUGCUCUUUUUGAUGUCGAUGGCACGCUCACUGCUCCCAGAAAGGGGGCUACUCCUAAGAUGUUGGAGUUUAUGCGAGACCUUAGAAAGGUUGUAACUAUUGGCGUUGUUGGAGGUUCUGAUUUUGUUAAGAUAGCAGAACAGCUUGGAAAAACAGUUACUGAUGACUACGAUUAUAUGUUUGCUGAGAAUGGCCUUGUUGCUUACAAGGAUGGAAAGUUGAUUGGAACACAGAGCUUGAAGUCAUUUCUUGGAGAAGAAAAGCUCAAGGAAUUGAUUAACUUCUCUCUCCACUACAUUGCUGAUUUGGACAUCCCCAUUAAAAGGGGAACAUUUAUCGAAUUUCGAAAUGGGAUGCUUAAUGUCUCUCCCAUUGGAAGAAACUGCAGUCAGGAAGAGCGAGAUGAGUUUGAAAAGUAUGACAAGGUUCACAACGUUCGCCCCAAAAUGGUGUCGGUGCUACGUGAGAAGUUUGCGCAGUAUAACCUUACCUUUUCCAUUGGUGGACAAAUCAGUUUUGAUGUUUUUCCCCAAGGCUGGGAUAAAACAUAUUGCUUGAAAUACCUGGAAGAGUUUCAAGAAGUUCACUUCUUUGGAGACAAGACCUACAAGGGAGGAAACGACUACGAGAUAUAUGAGUCGGAAAGGACCAAAGGCCACACGGUUACUAGCCCCGAUGACACAAUAGAUCAGUGUACGAAACUCUUCCUGAACUAGCAAGAUGGAUGGCCUCUGAUUUUUCCAACAUUUCGACUGGAGCUAUUUGUGAUUCGUAGACCUCGGGGAAAAUCCAGAAUUCGAAGGUCUACCCAGGUGAGCACAAAGCGCUGGGAUAUACAGAUCCUUCUUUUCACAGACAAUUAAAAUGAUGUUUUUUAAUCAUUUCUUCUAGUAUACAUAGAAAGGUUGUUGUUAUCCAUAUUUAAGAUAUGUUUAGUAGACAUUGGAUGCUUUAUUGUAUGAAUGGCAGAUUAUGCCCCCUUGAUUUAUUGAAUGAUCAACUUGCUUAAUUCCCCAAA